UACAUAUUUGUACAGAAAUUAUAAAUACGAAAAUUAUUCAUAUGGAUCAGCAUAUCUGUAUAUACAUAUUAUACAUUGCGUCAUAAGUGAUCUGCUUUCUGAGAAAAAUCAAGGAGGAUUGUUAAUACACCGGCAUUUACCGCCAAAGUGGGACGCGGUGAGCUGCCGAUGGUAUUAAUGGGGUUACACAAAUGAUUCUUUAUUAAAAGUGAGAUAAAAAUAAAUGUGAGUGCUUCUAUCAAUCACCCGUGUCCAGUGGCUUGUGAUAGUGCUAAUGUUCACGCAAGGACUAUGUUGUGUGAUCCUGUAAUUGACAACAUACAGCCGCUGUACCGUGAAGGUAGCGCACGAUGGUGUGCUAUGAGCCAGCUGGGGGAGGACUCCGACGAUGAUGUCGAGGCAGGUUACAUUUCUAGCGACGAGUCGGGUCACGCUGCCGAUCUUGCAGAAAGACUGAGGGUUAAACCAUCUAGGGAUAUUUGGGAAGUAGAUGAGAUCUUAUAUAGUUUACGCCGACUUCCACAAGCUGAAGAAAUAUUAGUGCUAAUAGAGUCAGGACAAUAUGACGAAACCAUCUGCUUGCUUUCUGAAACGUUUCGAGGAAUUGGAGAGCGGACAGCAGUGUUAUGGGCUUGUUGGCUUGGUUGUAGUUCAUUACUCUCUAGAUUAAUAAUUAAUUUGGAUGUCGACCCUAACAGUCGUGAUGAAGCGGGGAGGACAUGUUUACAUUUAAGUUGUUUAGUGGGUAACGAAGAAUGCGUCAAACUGCUAUUAGAACGCGGUGCUGAUCCAAAUAAAUGGGACUCCUAUACGGAUAGAAAAGCUACGCCAUUGCAUUGCGCUGCCAGCGCAAAAUCCUUGCCCUGCGUGAAGAUGUUACUUGACUAUAGGGCUGAUGUAAAUGCUGGUCUAGAAGAACGUACUCCAUUGCAUUACGCAGUGUUGAGUGAUGCAAAAGAUGUAGUAAGCGCAUUAUUAGAAGCAGGAGCCUGUCCAGAUACUCCGCAGGUGUUUACAGAAACUCCGCUUCAUGUGGCAGCAUCUUUAGGCUCAGCUUCUUGUACAAAGUUGCUAUUAGAUGCGGGUGCCGAUGUUAGAGCUGCGAUGGGUCCAGGACGCGCGACUGCGUUACAUUUAGCCGCAGAAGAUGGCCAUGCUGAAUGUGCACAAUUACUCCUUGAUCAUGGAGCAUGUAUUGACAAAGCUAAUUUUAGAGGACAGACACCUUUACAUUUAGCGGCUCUAGCGCAAUCUGUGGAGGUUGUGGAGCUUUUAGGUGGAAGAAAUGCGGAUGUGAGAGCUCGAGACAGUGACGGAAGGACUCCAUUACAUGGAGCCAUUGUAAGGGGAGCCCGAGCUUGUGAUGUGGCACGAUUAUUGCUAUCAGUCGGUGCAGAUCCAAACGCACCAGACAAUUUCGGAUACACUCCAUUACACAUAGCAGCUUUAAAUGAAUUUUCUGCUUGCGUAUUGUUAUUAUUAGAUUAUGGUGGAGAUGUCACACUUCGUACCAAUGGCGGUGUAUCGGCUCUUUCGUUCAUCGUCCGCCGAGUACCUGAUGUCAUUCCUCGAUAUUUAUGUAAACUUGAUGACGCUGUGCACGUGAGUGAGCACGAACUAGGGGACGUGGACUGUGAACUGACAAUUGAUUUUAGACCACUAGUGCCAUGUCUAUCGAGGGGUGAAUCUGAGUUGUUGCUAGCUUUUAUUGAGGUAGGCCAUAAAGACGUUUUAAAACAUCCUGUAGCGGAAACAUUUUUAUAUUUAAAAUGGAGAAGAAUCCGAAAGUUUUUUGUUCUCAGUUUCAUAUAUCACGCAUUAUUUAUUACACUAUAUAGCCUGUAUAUAUUACAAAUAUUCUUGUGUGAAGACGUCACUUGUGCUGUACCACCUUACCUACGUCCGGUGCAGUAUCUAAUUCUACUUCUUAACACGUGUUUCUUAUCAAAGGAAAUUUUUCAAGCGUUUCUCGGCUGGUCGGCUUAUUUUCGACAAUGGGAAAAUUGGUUACAGUGUGGAAUAAUUCUUGGUGUUUUCUUAUGUACAAUACCUAGUUGGGAUAUGGACAAUGGAGUUGUAAGGCACAAUACCUCGGAUUGGCAACACGACGUAGCGGCCAUAACAAUAUUUUUCUGUUGGUUGGAGCUGAUGAUGAUCAUAGGACGGUUUCCAACUUUUGGAUUAUAUGUACAAAUGUUUACAACAGUGACAGUAAAUUUUGCAACAUUUCUUUUGGCGUACAGUUGCCUACUCAUUGCUUUCGGUCUGGCAUUCAGCGUCCUGUUCAGCAACUAUCCAGCAUUCCACCUCCCUGCUGGUUUGGUUAAGACCGUUAUGAUGAUGUCCGGAGAGCUCGAAUAUGAAGAUAUAUUCUACAACAACUGUACCAACUCUCAGAUUCAAUAUCCUUUGACGGCGCAUGGAAUGUUUUUAAUAUUUGUUUUGCUGGUUACUGUUAUAUUGACUAAUUUGUUGGUUGGUUUAGCUGUUAGCGAUAUUCAGGCUCUACAAGAAGGUGCUGGCUUGGACCGAUUGGUGCGGCAAACGCAACUAAUAUCCCACCUCGAGAGUAUGCUCUUCAGCUCUCUGCUGACCUGCGCUCCGAAGCAGUUGCUGGCGGUACUGAGAUGGGGUGCCCUUUUAACAGCAUCCCAGACACGAACAUUGAAUAUUAGACCUAACGACCCGAGGGAAAGCAGGAUACCAAAAGAUUUAAUAACUUCGAUAUACAAAAUGGUAGCCAGUCGCAAGGAUACAAAAAGAAGCGUUCGGAAGAACAACAAUUAUGAAUUCAGAAUAGGAAAAUGUAAAAUAGACGAAGACAUUGCGAGGCAAGUAGUUAAACGAAAAAGUUAUUUAUACGAUCGAUAUUCAUUUGAGAGCCAACAUGUUGAACGAAGAAAGAAAACUACCUCAGGAUCCGGUGAUAAUAAGGGUAGACCAGUUUCCGUAAACAUCAAUACAGUACAGGAUCUCUGUAUGGUUGAUAUUAAGAAUCAAUUAGUAGAGUUAUCAAAAAAAAUCAAUAGGCUGAUUGAAACUAAUGAAACAAGGUUCAAAGUGAUUGAAAAGAAAUUAAAUGAUAUUCAACCUCCAUAAAAUGUAAUGUUGACAUAAGAAUUCAUUUUUAAUCUAAUAAACAUAUAAAAUUGUCCAAAAUAAACUUGAAAAAGGUUAAAAAGUAAUUUAAGACUAUGAUUUGCCUAUGUUGUAGAUCAUUAAUUUAAGGAAUAUAGUACCUAUGUGUAUUUUUUAGUAUGAGUGUAUGAAGAAUAUACACUUUGGAAGAGAAAAUUAC